UUCAUACAAAGCUGGAAAUAAAUCUAGAAAUAAUCUAGUCUAGAAAUAAAUGUUAUCUUAUCAAUCGUUGAUUCAACACAAGAGAUAAAGAGUUUGCAUUAGAAACUGAAAUCGAUUCUCUGACUCAUAAUUCUGAUUCAUUCAAACGGGCAAAGAUUUAAAAAAUAAGGUAAUCCUCUAUUCGUAAUAAUAAAAUUGUUCUGAUCGUAAGAUUCAUCUGUCCGUCCAUUAUGAAAGAACUCAAUUCAAACUCAAUUAAAAGACUACAAAGUUGACGUACGAUUGUGUUUCAAACACGCCGAGCGUUCGCGGUCUUGCGCCGGCCGACCCGCGCGCACCGUGCACCGCGCACAGCCAAGAUGGCGGGCCGUUGUCAGUGAGCGUUCGGUUUACAGUCGUCGGCGCACCGAGGAUUAACCACGGGACGCGGUAUACACCGCGAUUUCAUUGCAGAUCCGUCGCACGACAGCCUCGUCGACCUUGCGAGAGGAGAGAUAAAGGAAACCGCGCGCGAUGUGGCACGAGCUUUGGUCGCGCGCGCUCCUGACGUGCGCGAUCGGCGCCUGCUCGAUUCUUGGCGACUUCGGGCUGAGGUACGGCAAGAGCGAGUCGGCGCGCGCGGUGUUUGACAACGCGACGCACGCGACGGUGGGUGGCCUCACGUGGACAUUGAUCGUCGUCCUCUCGCGCAAGUCCAUCGCGCGCAAUCUGAACAGCGUGCUCUCCUGCUUCCUGCUGGCGUCCUUCGUCGAUGUGGAUCACUUCGUCGCGGCGCGCAGCUGGCACAUCCACGAUGCCACGCAUUUGCAAAAGCGGCCUUUCCUACAUUGCACCACCAUCCCCGUUGUACUGUGGGUACUUUUCAUCUCACUCUCCAACGCUUUCCACUCUCCUCUAUUGGAACACACGUCCUGGGUGAUACUGGCCGCCUUUCUGAGCCACCACAUACGAGACGCUACCAGAAGAGGCCUGUGGUUCUAUCCCUUCGGAUCCACCUGUCCUAUUCCCUACUACUUAUACGUGAGUCUUUCUAUGUCCCUUCCUUACGUACUCCAUUUUCUCAUGGGCCUGCACACAUUUGCGCCGAAGGGUAACGACGACAUUAUUCUCAUCGAUAUAUGAGACUCUUCAGAAUGCGUAUAUUGUGUACCGAGUGUCCAAAUAAUCGGACACUUUUCCAAAGGUGUACAUAUACGAGAAUUGUUAAGUGAUUACUGUAAGUACAGUGAUAAUCAAAUAUCGAUAUUUCUAUAGUUCACGAAGGAAGGAGAAAAGACUAAAGCUAAAAUUGAGCUGGAAGAAAUAGAUAUAAAAAUUUGUUAUCGAAUUAACCGUUUGCUUUAAUAGAAACUUAAUUUUAAAUUUCAUUGAGAGAUAUACAUAUUUAACGUUACGAGACAAUUUGCAGUCUCAUGAGAUUAUUAGCCAUUUUAUUUGUUUAAUUUAUUUCAAUGAAGUACAAAUAUUUAAAAAUGUUACUUUAUUUUUAUUUUAU